AUGGCUUUUGUGCUAUGUCAAAAGGGUCCUGAUGUAGUGGGAUCGUUCGGUUGGCUACAGCCCCUUGGAAAUUGUUUAAAGUUGAUUAUAGAAGAACCCAUUUCACUUAGUAGUUCUGAUUUCUCCCUUUUGGAAUGGCCCGUGUCUACAUUCAUGUUAAGUCUGGUUGCUCAGGGUUUUGCACCUUUUAAUUAUGACAUGAUAUUGUCAAAUCCGACCAUAGGGCUAGUGUAUUUAUUUGCCGCAUAUUUUUAUUUAUCGAACUAUUAUAUCAGAUCCGUGUAUUAUAUCAUCAUCAUUAUGAUUGUUAUCAUCAUGUCACCUUGA